AUGCUGUUCGAUACUUCAGUUGAACUCUCAUCUGACUCAGACUCGAGCUUAGACUGUACCCGUAAGCGGCGGGUUACUGACCACCUGACUCCGCUGCCCGACCCUUCUUCAGCGCCAUCGUCACGGGGCGUCAAGCGCACCCGUCGCCUUCGUGCCAACGACCGCGAACGAAAUCGAAUGCACAAUCUCAAUGAUGCUCUUGAUCGCCUCCGAACUGUGUUACCAGCAUCGAACGAUGAUGGUAAACUCACUAAAAUUGAGACGCUUCGCUUUGCUCACAAUUAUAUCUACGCACUAAGCGAGACACUGAAGAUGCUUGACGGACAUGUGGAUCGUUUCAAUCCAGCGUUAGCAGCUUUAGCGCUACAGGGCUCCCAAACGAAAACCUGUGACGCUACAUUGAAAGCCACCAUUCGCAAGGAAAUUGAGGAGCAAAUGACCACGACAACGUCGACUUCGACAGCAACAACAACAUGUGCCACCGUACUUCCUUCGUCAAACGAUUUAUUACCUCAUUGUCUUUCACCUCCAACGCUUACUUGUUGUGGUCAGCCGUUCGAAGCAAGGUCGAGUCCUCUCGAAGCGUCGACCUAUUCUCUAAUCUCACCCUCGUCGUCGAGCCAGGACUAUAUUGAGUGUUCCCGGCUAAGUUCACCCUCGUACGAUCAGAUCUACUCCUGUUAA